UUGACUCGAACACACUCUCCGAAGCACCCCACGCUGCGCAGUUCGAUUAGAACCUCUUCCCCCAACUCUCUUCCCCAAAACCCCUCUUAAUACCCCGGAUUUCCGAAAUGGUGUUUGUGGAGUUGUUGUUAUUUGUGGCCGUGUUCGGUUUGUUGCUGUACAAAUGGUCCGUCCAUAGUUUUAACUACUUUUCCAAACGGGGUGUGGCCUAUGAGCCGCCUAUUCCACUCUUUGGUAAUAUACCUUGGUCGGUGAUGAUGGCCAAGGAUUCGUAUAUAAAACACAGCAUUGACAUUCACAUGCGCCUUAAGAGCCACAAGGUUUAUGGUGUUUUCAACCUCCGCGAUCCCCUUUUCUAUCUCUCCGAUCCGGAACUCAUCCGCCAGGUGGGCAUCAAGAGCUUCGACAACUUCUCCAACCAUCGCAAGGGUAUCACCGAUGGACCCAACGAUAUGAGUUUCAUUGGCAAGAGUCUGCUCAACCUACGGGAUCGCCGCUGGAAGGAAAUGCGCAAUACAUUGACGCCCACGUUCACCAGCCUGAAGAUCCGCCAGAUGUUUGAACUGAUCCAUGCCUGCAACGAGGAGGCGGUGGGUUAUGUGCGGCGACAGUUGGACGCGGGUAACUCGGAACUGGAGCUAAAGGACUUCUUUACGCGUUAUACCAACGAUGUGAUUGCAACGGCCGCCUUUGGCAUUCAGGUGAACUCGUUCAAGGAUCCCAACAAUGAGUUCUAUAGCAUCGGGCAGCGUAUCUCAGAGUUCAGUUUCUGGGGCGGACUCAAAGUGUUCCUCUAUCUUAUAAUUCCGAAGGUGAUGACGGCUCUUCGUGUUCCCGUGAUGGACAUGAAUAAUGUAGACUACUUCAAGAAGUUGGUCUAUGGCACCAUGAAGCAUCGCAAGGAGCAGAGUAUCGUUCGACCUGAUAUGAUCCAUCUCCUGAUGGAGGCCCAGCGGCAGUUCCAAAAGGAUCAGGAAGCUGCCAAGGGAGAUGCUAGUGCAUCGAAAGAGCAGCAUGCCGAGUUCAAUGAUGAAGAUCUCCUAGCCCAGUGCCUGCUUUUCUUUGCGGCAGGUUUCGAAACAGUUGCCACCUGUCUGAGUUUCACCUGCCACGAACUGCUCGCCAAUCCCGAGGUCCAGCAGAAGCUAUACGAGGAGAUCCUGGCUGUGGAGGAGGAACUGGAUGGCAAGCCACUUAACCACGACACCUUGAUGGCCAUGAAGUAUUUGGAUUGUGUUGUUUCCGAAUCGCUUAGGAAGUGGCCGCCAGCAUUUAUCAUCGAUCGCAUGUGCGCCGCAGAUUUUGACCUUAAGGAUGAAGAAGGCGAGGUGAUAGUGAAACUUCAGAAGGAUGAACUAGUGCAUAUACCCGUGGCUGCCAUACACCAUGAUCCCGAUAACUUCCCAGAGCCGGAAGUAUUCCGACCGGAACGCUUUGAUGAGGAGCAUAAGCACGAGAUCAAGCAAUUCACCUAUCUGCCCUUUGGUGUGGGUCCACGGAGCUGCAUUGGCAACCGAAUGGCCCUCAUGGAGGUGAAGUCCGUGCUCUACCAGUUGCUCCGCCAGUACAAGCUGAAGCCCACGGAUCGCACCGCAACGGACUUGAUGAGCAGCAUCUCAGGCUUUAGGAUGGUGCCGCGGGAACUGUUCUGGUGCAAGUUUGAGUUGCGCGAAGGAGACAAGUGAAAAACUAACCAAAUUCUUUAAAUAUUUAUGUGCAUGUAAC